AUGCGGAUUUUUGGACUGCUAUUACUACUAGUGACUCAAAGGAUCGGUGCUGAUGACAGUUUAGAAGUUUCCCUGUUAUUUUAGCUUCACCGACACGGGGAUCGGACCAAUGAUAGACUGGCGACCUAUCCAAAGGAUCCAUACAAACACUUAGACUACUGGCCAUACGGAUGGGGUCAACUAACAAAUGAAGGAAAAAUGAGAGAGUAUAACCUUGGAAAAACCCUAUACGAACGUUACGGUAAAUUCGUAGGGAUGUACACACCCGAAGUUGUUGAAGCGUUAUCCACAAACUAUAACAGAACAAAGAUGUCAUUGGAACUAGUCUUGGCUAGUCUUUUUCCACCCAAUGGUCCACUAGAUUGGAAUAAGGAAUUGCAUUGGCAACCUAUUCCUUACAAUUACUUGAACGAUACUGACCUGCGUAUGGGAUUUCCCACAAAAUGUGCCGAAAGAUCCAAACUAAUAGCCGAAUAUGAAAAGUCAUUACAAGGUCAACGAUACUUGCUCCCAUACAAAAAAUGGUUUAAUUACCUUAACAAAAAUACCGGUUUACAUAUAAAAGGAUUCACCGAUUUAUACAUACUGUAUUUUGGGCUCGUAGUUGAGGAGGAGUGUGGUUUGAAGUUUCCAGAUUGGGUCAAACCCGUGUAUCCAAAGCUACUGAGAGAUGCGGCAAUCGACAUGUAUUCGGUAUGGACUAGCACUCCUAAGAUAUCUAAAUUGCAAGGGUUCAAUUUGAAGACAAUUCUUGAUGCGGCCAGGCAAAAAAUUAAUGGCACGUUGCAACCACCGAAACGCAAAAUUAUGAUAUUUUCUGGGCAUGAGAUGAAUGUGGCUCUUAUGUUAAAGAUUUUAAAUGCCUUCAACCGACAUAUUCCACCAUACGGCGCCUGCAUUAUGUUUGAGCUUCACAACAUCGAUGGUCACUAUGGCUUUAAAAUAUAUUACGAAACGCACAACGGGGAACCACCAGCAACUAUCAUAGUACCUGGAUGUAACCAUUUCUGUCCAAUUGAUAAGUUUGUAGACCUUUUAAGGGACCACAUUCCUGAGAGUUACGACAUAUGUUAA